AGGGGCGCGGCUCGCGCCGGGGACUCAGCGGUGUCCAAAUCCGCGAGUUCUGGGGUGGCGCGGGGCGCGCCGAGGGGCGAGGCGAGUUUGGGGGCCCUGAGGCCUCGCUCUCGCGGGAAUGAUGCUGGAGAUGAUGCCGAGGCUCCCGCGUGAGACUCGCGGCUGCCGGCGCUGCGGAGUGUGAGCCAGUGAAUGGGAGCGUGUGGCAUGGUUGGUCUCGGAGUGCGCAUCGGCCGGGCGCGAGUGUGCGUGGGAGCCGGCGUGCGUGGGCGACGUUGGUUGCGCGUGCUCCCCCGCGUCGGGGUCCGUGGAUGUAUGUCUGUCGGGUGCGCUUUGUGGUGGGCGUGCGCGCUCAUCUUCAGCCUGGCCUCUGGCGAGUGGCGGGGCUCGUGGGAGUUCUGCGUCUGUAUCCCGCGGCGGUGCGUGUGCAGUGCCCGGGCUUUGCUCAGCCUGCCCCGGAGCACCCGGAGCUGCGCAAUCAGGGGCCCAUCUGAACCCAGUCCCGCUCUCCCCAGCCCUGCUCAGGGAGUCCCGGCUGCUGCCCUUUAGGGAACUCCGGACAGGAACUCUCCCAUCCCACCCCAGGCCUUGGUUUCGCCAUUCGUCCAAAGAGGGCUGACCCUGGGUGGAAGCGAAUUAGGCGCGGGGGCGCUUCUUCGGAAGGAUGGGGCCAGGGCGACGGCUGCAAGAGGGGGACGACCACAGUGCGCGGGGUCAGGUGGCUCAGGGAUGGGGUUGGUGUGGUGACGCUGACAAAUUUUUGAGAUCGGGACUAAGUAGAACGUGACUGCUAAACUGUGGUCCCCGGGGCAGAGGGCUCAGCUUCCCGCAUUCUAAAGUCCGGUACUUUCUCCCCCCUCCGCAGGAGCCUGGCUCGACCCCCAGCCGUGCGCCCCGCCCCGGCGCCAUGCAUUGCGAGGUGGCCGAGGCACUUUCGGACAAGAGGCCAAAAGAGGCCCCUGGUGCGCCCGGCCCGGGCCGCGGGUCCGCCGGCCUGGGAGCGCACAUGGCCUUCAGGAUUGCCGUGGGUGGCGGCGGCUGCGGGGACGGGAACCAGCGAGAUCUGUUGCCUCGGCUGCCGGUGCCACCACCACGCGCUCACGACCUCCUCCGGCCCCGGAGCCCUCGAGACUACGGCGCGUCCAAGGCUGGCGGCGGCAAGGUGAACGGGAGCUACGGGCACUGUUCAGAGAAGAGCCUGCUGGACCUGGACCUGGCCGAGGGUCCCAGCCCCUCCUGCCACCAGGGUCUGUUUCUCCCUGCAGGGACCCCACCGCCCCGGGGUCAUCCCCCUGUCUGCGAGAGGCUGCUUCAUUUCCCCCUCCCUAACAGGUCACCCAGACCUCAGGCUAUGUAUGUGAAUGGCAGCCUCCCAGCAGCUCAACACAUCAAGCAGGAAGCCCUGCCUGACUAUCAGGCCAUGGCCAGCGCCCACACACCCCUGCCCACCCACUGCCGGGCUCCGUCUUCCACAAGCCUGCAGUCAGAGCUGGACUUCCCAGGCCGAGGCCUCACUAACCCUGCCCCUUCCUGCUACCUUCUGGGCAAUGAACCCAUCUCGGGCCUCGGACCCCAACCUGAGGCCCACCUCCCUGAGGGCAGCCUGAAACACUGCUGCCUCCUGGGCCUGCCCCCCGCCUCUUCAGCCUCCUCUUCACCCUGUGCGUCCUCCGACAUCACUCCCGUCAUCCACUCCUCCCAAACAGCUCUAGUCAGCUGUGUAAAUGGACUCCGAAGCCCACCUUUGCCAGGAGAUCUGGGGGGCCCUCCCAAGCGAUCACAGCCUGGGCCUGCGCCUGCACCCAGCGAUGGCCAUGAGGGCAGCUUGCAGCUUGAAGCAUGCCGGAAGUCAGGCUUCCUGAAGCAGGAACCCAUGGACGAGUUCUCAGAGCUCUUUGCUCCUCACCAGCAGGGCUUGCCACCCCCCUACCCGCUGCCUCAGUUGCCAGCCGGCCCCGGCCUUGGAGGCCUGGGGCUAGGCCUGGCCGGCAGGAUGGCGGUGGGGCGGCAGGCAUGCCGCUGGGUGGACUGUUGCGCGGCCUACGAGCAGCAGGAGGAGCUGGUGCGGCACAUCGAGAAGAACCACAUCGACCAACGCAAGGGCGAAGACUUCACCUGCUUCUGGGCUGGCUGCGUGCGCCGCUACAAGCCCUUCAACGCCCGCUACAAGCUGCUCAUCCACAUGAGGGUGCACUCGGGCGAGAAGCCCAACAAGUGCAUGUUUGAAGGCUGCAGUAAAGCCUUCUCCCGCCUGGAGAACCUGAAGAUCCACCUGCGGAGCCACACGGGCGAGAAGCCAUACCUGUGCCAGCACCCAGGUUGCCAGAAGGCCUUCAGCAACUCCAGCGACCGUGCCAAGCACCAACGCACCCACCUUGACACGAAGCCAUAUGCCUGUCAGAUCCCUGGCUGCUCCAAGCGCUACACAGACCCCAGCUCCCUCCGCAAGCACGUGAAGGCCCACUCGACCAAAGAACAGCAGGUGCGUAAGAAGAUGCACACAGGUGCCGAUCCAGAGGCUGUUCUGUCGGAGUGUCUGGCUCUGCAGCAACUCCGUGCAUCCACACCUUUGCCUGCCAGCAGGGGGAAGGGCGGCCAGACCCUGAGCCAGGAGCUACUCCCAGGUGUAUAUCCCGGCCCUGUCACGCCGCAAAAUGGGCUUGCUUCGGGCAUCCUGUCCCCCUCCCAUGAUGUCCCUUCCAGGCACCACCCGCUGGAGGUCACCACUGGUUCCCACCACCACCUGUCCCCCCUGCCCACAGCUGAGAGCACCAGGGAUGGCCUGGGACCUGGCCUUCUCUCACCCAUGGUCAGCCCACUGAAGGGGCUUGGUCCCCCACCGCUGCCACCAUCCUCCCAGAGUCAGUCUCCAGGGGGACAGCCAUUCUCCACGCUCCCCAGCAAGCCGACCUACCCACCCUUCCAGAGCCCGCCGCCGCCACCACCACCUCUACCCAGCCCCCAAGGCUACCAAGGCAGUUUCCAUUCCAUCCAGAACUGCUUCCCUUAUGGUGACUGCUACCGGACCACUGAGCCAGCAGCCUCCAGGGACGGACUGGUGGGUGAUGCCCCUGGUUUCAACCCUGUAAGGCCCAACACCUAUCCCAGCCUCGGCACGCCUUUACCUGCCCCAGGCUACGAGGCCCUGGCAGAAGCUCCGUGUCCUACAGCCCUGCAGCCACAGCCAUCUGAAGACCUGGUGCCCAGUGGUCCCCAGGACUGUGGCUUCUUCCCCAAUGGGGCCUUUGACCACUGCCUGAGUCACAUCCCCUCCAUCUACACAGACACCUGAAGGAAUCCUGCUGUACCUGCCUGCCCAGCUCCCGACACUACUUCAGCUGCUUGCCGUCAGCCCUGGAGCUUCCCACAAGGGGCAGCCAGGUCACAUCACAGGCGCGCCCCUGCCUGGAGGGCUGUCUGGCCUCAGAGCUGCCUGCCAGGCACCAUGGCCCUGUGACAGUCGCCUGACUGGAUCUUUCUCCCUAAGGUUCUCAAAUCACAGACCUCGUGUAUAUACAAUGUACAGGACCUCUUUUCCACCUCCCUAUGAGUUUUAUAUUUUUGGUUUUACAAAAAAACAUUAAAAACUGGAAACUAGA